GGGUGUCCGGCGAGGAACGGCGGAAACGAAACGAUUGAAUCUUGUCGAUGGGGGCCGCGCCUUGACGUGCAGGGGAGGGAGUGGGAGCGGCGCUACAGGCCGAGUACCCCCGUUCCUCAGUUGCCUCAGUUUCCCUGGGAAUGAAAGGUGGACGCCCCGAGCGGGGACCCUAACAAAGGAAAACUGAGCCUGGGAGGUGAGCCCGGGUGGCUGCCUGGCGGAGGCAAUGCGGGCACAUAGUGGGCGGGGUUUAUUUCGCCCCGCCCCCUGGAUCCCGCCCCCACCCCGGAUCGUUCAGCCCCAGAGGUCCGCCCGGCGCGCGGUUGCCAGUGCUGGCUGCUCACAGCCAUGGAUGCCCCCGGGGCCCCGGGCCCGGGCCCGGGCAGGAAGGAGCUGAAGAUCGUGAUCGUGGGUGACGGCGGCUGCGGCAAGACGUCACUGCUUAUGGUGUACAGCCAGGGCUCCUUCCCUGAGGACUACGCCCCAUCUGUGUUCGAGAAAUACACGGCCAGCGUGACUGUGGGCAGCAAGGAGGUGACCCUGAACCUAUACGAUACCGCCGGGCAGGAAGAUUAUGACCGGCUGCGGCCCCUGUCCUACCAGAACACCCACCUUGUGCUCAUCUGCUAUGACGUCAUGAACCCCACCAGCUAUGACAACGUCCUCAUCAAGUGGUUCCCUGAGGUCACACAUUUCUGCCGUGGGACCCCCAUGGUGCUCAUUGGCUGCAAGACAGACCUGCGCAAAGACAAGGAGCAGCUUCGGAAGCUCCGGGCCGCCCAGCUGGAGCCCAUCACCUACAUGCAGGGCCAGAGUGCCUGCGAACAGAUCCGAGCCGCCCUCUACCUGGAAUGUUCUGCCAAGUUUCGGGAGAACGUGGAGGAUGUCUUCCGAGCGGCGGCCAAGGUUGCCCUCAGUGCUCUGAAGAAAGCACAGCGGCAGAAACGCCCGUUGUGUUUGCUGCUCUGACCCCUCCGGGCAGGGCACACAGCCCUCAUGCAAGACUGACAGGGCCCAGGCUGCCAGGCCCGGACUGCACCCCGAGAUCCUGCUCCGUCCCCAGCUUCCCAGCGGCACUUUGAGUUGGGUGUCUCCCUGUGUCUGGAGCCUGUGGCUAGACUCUUAGAACAUUCUGGAGAUCUCUCCUUCCCCAGCUGGGGCUCUGACCCUGAGCUCACCUCCAGGUUCCCCCGGGAGCUGGGCCUGCAUGGAGGGGGGUGAGGGUGCCGGACUCAGUCUCUCUGUACCCUAGAAGCAGCAUUUGUCCCUAGGACUUGGGAGUACACAGCCUCCCCCCAGCCAUGUGUGUUCCCCCUUUGCACACCCGAUAGGUCCUGAAAGCCUGUGCUUGAAACAAACAACUACAUCUGGUACGUGGAUAAAUGUGGAUUUGUCAGCGCUCCACACGGCCCCCCUCAAGCCCGCUACUCCGCGUCACCCGCCUCCCUGGGCUCGAGAUAGGCACGGCUGCAUCCUCCAGCUUCUGGCUUCCUUCCUCCAGGAACACGGGGGCCACAAUGGGACGGGGACUUAUCGGGACAGCACACACACCAGCCCCGGACUUGGGGGCUGGCACCGGCCCCCACCCCUCACCCCCAGAGGACUUCAGUCUCCGCCUUUGGCUGGGCUGCCAUCUUUCCAGAGCUGGGUGCACAUGCCCAAGGGGGAGUAGAGACUCUUUCAAGAAGCAGAAAGUACCCUGGACCACCCAUCCAGCCCCUGCCCAGGGGCUCCUCACCUGCAACCCCCCACUGCCGGAAACUCAAGACAGAAAGUGACAUCAGCCCCAAAUGAUCAUGGGCAAGUCCCUUCUCUCUACAGACUGUUGCCCUAUCUGCAAAAGGACAGCACUGACUCAUUUUAAUAGUCAUCACGCUCCCUCUGGUCCCUCACAGCCCCCACUUCUGCCAAGCUGAGACUAUCCUGGCUUCCUACGAGAACACGCAACCCCCAGCUGCAGAUUCACUGAACCUUCUGGAAGGUCUGGGGCCAGGAGUUUUUAAACAAGUGCUUCAGGUGAUGCCACUGCCCCGGAGAUUGAGAGCUGCUUGCUUCCUGAGUGAGCUACAAGUCAGUGUUACUGAACCUGGGAUAAUGGCUUGAGGUGGCUCCUGCCCUCCCAGGGAUCUCCUGCCUCAGCACCUACUAAGCCUGAGCCUCUCUGACGUCAGCUGCUAAGAGAGAGACUCCUGUGUCCCACCCCAUCCCACCUCACCCCACCCUGGUUCCCCAAGGCCCUGCCAUGCCCUGGGGAGUCCAAAGAGCACUUAAUCCAAGGGCUCGUGGACAAGUGAUGGUACAGGAUAGAGGUUAGAAACCAUACUCUGUGGACCAAAUCUGGCAGCUGUGUGUUUUUGUAAAUAAAGUUUUGUUGGGACACAGCCACACUCA